AUGUCGGAGCCAAUCAGGAAUAAAAAGGCCGAUUUCCCGGUCGCCCCAACCCCACAGAACACCCCGGCCAACAAUGCCCCCAUCUCCUCCCACGCUCAGCAGCCGGGCGUUUCCAGCAUCAAGGAAGAGCCCAUGGACAGCGCCGCUGCCGCUUCUCUCUUCGCCCGUAACCCUGCUUUGAUCAACAUGAUUCAGGUCCCUCCCCCUGUGGUCCGCCGCCGAGUCGCCGGCCUGAAGGGUAUUCAGAAGGAGCACGCCAAGUUGGAGGCGCAGUUCCAGGAGGAGGUAUUGGAACUCGAGAAGAAGUACUUUGCCAAGUUCACCCCUCUGUACGAGCGCCGUGCCACGAUCGUGAACGGCGGUGUCGAGCCCACCGAGCAGGAGGUUGAGGCUGGUAAGGAGGAUGAGGAGGAGGACGAGGAGGAGGAGGAGACCCAGGAGGAGGAGACCAAGGAGGAGACUUCGUCCGCAGCCGGUAUCCCCGAGUUCUGGUUGUCUGCCAUGAAGAACCAGAUCUCGCUCGCCGAGAUGAUCACUGAGCGUGAUGAGGAGGCCCUCAAGUCGCUCACCGACAUUCGCAUGGAAUACCUCGACCGACCUGGAUUCCGCCUGAUCUUCGAGUUCGCCGAGAACGAGUUCUUCACCAACAAGACCAUCACCAAGACCUACUACUACAAGGACGAGAACGGCUACGGUGGUGACUUCAUCUACGACCACGCCGAGGGCUCCAAGAUUGACUGGAAGGAUGACAAGGAUCUGACUAUGCGUCUGGAGAGCAAGAAGCAACGCAACAAGAACACCAAGCAGACCCGCAUUGUCAAGAUCAGCGUGCCCACCGAAUCCUUCUUCAACUUCUUCUCACCACCCCAGCCCCCUGUUGAUGAUGACGAGUCUGUCGCCAGCGACAUCGAGGAGCGUCUGGAGCUGGACUACCAGCUGGGUGAGGAUAUCAAGGAGAAGCUCAUUCCUCGUGCGAUUGACUGGUUCACCGGUGAGGCCCUCCAGUUCGAGGAGCUGGGCGAGGACCUUGACCCCGAGGACUUUGACGAUGAGGAUGAGGAUGAGGAGGAUGAGGAUGAGGACGACGAGGAGCGUGGUUCAGACCGGGACAUUGAUGAUGACUCGGAUGAGGAGGACGGUACCUCCAAGCCCAAGAAGGAGGCCGCCGAGUGCAAGCAAAACUAG